AAGGAGAAUGGUGUAAGCAUAACCCCAACCCUAAAAAAGAAAAAGGUGGCAUAUAAAUCUAAUCAAUAACUUUGAAAUGGCCAAACUUGCCUGAUAUUAUCAUAUUUGCAUUUGGCACCCAUUCUUUGCUAUUAAAAAACUUGAGACACAGGAAAUUAUCCCCAGGAAAAUAAAGCAUAAGAAGAAGUCUGUUCUGGAACUUUUCCUUUCCCAAAUCACGGACUCGCCACUAGUUAAGACACGGUCAAUCUCUCUUUAAAGCUGUGCAGGCUUUUGCAUUUUAUUUAUUUAUCUCCAACAUUUUUAUAUUGCACCUCACCUAAGCAUAUUCCAAAGUGGUGAACAAUUUUGUUAUUGUUCAUCACCAGCUUGAAGAUGACAGCAAGGACAGGCUUCCUUUUGUUUUGUUUUGUUUUGUUUUGUUUUGUUUUGUUUUGUGUUUGUGAAAGACAAUGCAGAUAGCAAUGUGUUGUGCAGUGAACCUUGUUUGUGCUUGUGGUGUGCAUAACCUGCCUGCUUGCAUCAUUGCUUUCUGCCACUCGGCAGAUGAAUUUACCAGGGCAAACACAAACUUGGCGGAAACAGACCUUCCGUUGGAGCAGGGCCAUGCUGUGUUACAUUAUAACAGCAACUGUUUAUUUUAGGGUAGCGGGUAGAGCAUAACUCCUCCAAAUGAAAUUGCAGUGGGGCUUUUAAGACACUUGGAUGUAAUUACUCAAGAUGGAGUCUGGCCCAGAGUAACGGGGUCAAUAUCGCCACUCCUGCCAAAACAGUCCGGUGAUCAAAGAAAGGGCCGCUUUUGGAACACAAGCCUCUAUUUAUCACCAGCCCACAGUAGCUCGCGCAGUCAGAUCUGAAUCUUUGAAAGAUCCAACUUGGCUGCCGACAUGCUAAAGCUGAACUCUGAAUUGCAGACGCGGCCUGGGAAGCAACCCAGAGUUAUAGCUUGCUGAACUGGUGAACUGUCUAUUGUUCAGCUGCCUCUUUCGCAGGUGCAGAGAGAAUAUUCUCUUCCUUUGAACGGUUGAGCCUGAGUUUCACGGGCCAACUGGCAGUUGGAAAGAGUGAGAAAACUUGUCUUCUUUUGCCAAAGCCAGGCCACACAAGAACUUCGCCUAUUCUCCAAACAAGGCCAAGAGCAGAAAUUUACAUAAAUCUGUCCAAUUCUCUAGCAGUCACUGCGUAUGUAAGUGAGAGGACGAAUACUUGCGAGUUGUGCUUUGCAUUUGGACAGAGAUGUAUAUGUUUGUCCAAGUUGUGCUUGGAAAUUGGCAUCCUGGACUCUUGUCACUGUGCUUGUUCACAGCACUAUUACACAGUGUCAUUGCAAUUCAUGUUGAUGUGAAAUUAUGUAUAGUGGUGUUCCUGUAUGUAACAUGUCUUCCCUAACAUAGGGCCAAGCAGAUGUAGCGUUACUUAUCUCUCUAGCUUACAUGUAGCUAAUCUUUUUUCAUAAAUAACCAACUCCGGCUGGCCUGAGCCCAAUGUUACCGUAUUUUUAAUGCAUUGUUUCAAUUCCUGUAUCUGGUUUAGCUUCAUACUUUAUACUGCACUGGAAUCAGCCUAGAUAUGGGCUAGUAUUAUGCAUAUUGUUCAAAAUCAUAAUUUUGGUGGUAUGGAGACUUUCACCUUUUGUCCCUAUUCUGAUCCCAAUUCAGCCCAGCUACACACCCAGCCAGCCAGCCAGCUUUUAUUUAUAUCUUUAUUUAAAAUACUUAAAUACCAGUCCACACUCUAAGCAGGUUCCAUAAAAACAUAAUAUAAAACCAUUGCCGAAACAAUAAACAUAAAACCAUUGCAAACACAAGUCAAACAAAGCAGUGUUCUUAUACCUCUGGGAAGGCUAGAAUAAGCAGGUGUGUCUUCAGUGGGCUUCCCACAGUUUCCACCUUGGACCACAAGUGGGAGAGUAUCCUGUUGGCAUAUAGAGGGGCAGUCAGUGAGGUAUUCUGGUCCCAAGUUUGUAUUUCUAAAAUAUCAGGCAUACAUAAGCCAGAGAGAACACCAUGCCUAGUUUAAGCAGCAAUUUAUCUUCUCCCUGAGCUGUAAGUUGUUCCAGAUCAUCUUCGUGUCUGGAAGCUGUAGACUUAAACAGUGUCUGCCCAGUCCAUAAUUGUCAGAGCUCAGCUUGAGACUGCAUUCAAUUUUUGUGCAAUUUGCUGCUAAUGCUCUUGCAAGCAGGGCUCUGGUUGUAAUGUUUCCCAUGAUCUACGCUUGGGAUUGCUCACCUCAUUUGCUCAGGAAAAACCUUGUUUGUAAGCUUAUUUGUAAGCUUGGAAUAACCAAGUCAUCAUUUAAGAAACCUUUUCACCCUGCAGCCCUUCAUGCCCUCAAUUCACUGGGUAGCAGAUAAUUUUUAAUUGUCAGUUACUUUUAGCGUAAGAGCUUAAACUGUGGUUGGCAGGCAUCAUUCUAGAACAGUCUCCUCCCCUCGUCUCCUCCUUUUGCUUUUUCUCACACACAAACCCUUCUGCACCCACUCUCAAACACAACAGCUUCCUAAAUACAGGCUUGUUACUGAGAAAUGUGUGAAAUGCUUCGUAAAUAACCCACAAUCUGCAGCUGUUGUUUUCAUUAAUAGUCUCUAAUCCUUUACUGACCCCUGCGUGGAUUUUGCAACUGUCAAAUCUCGUGGUUUCUAUCAUAGCACCUGCUUCCCUUCUCAUUCUAAAAAUACAUUCAGUCAGUGGUUGUUCCAAAGCUGACAAAUAAGGUCCGUCUGGAUCUGUACCUUCUGGUGCAUCCCUUUAUUCUCAUCGCUUUGCUAAGGGAGGAAAAGCACGCAGGUUGGCUUGAGCGCCCUACAAUAGGCUUCACCUCUUAGGUGGUAUUAUACUGCAGUUUAUUUCUAGAAAACCUUUUGACUUAGGCAGGUGCACCCAUUCAUCCACAGAUGCUUUCAAGGCACCAGAGACAUAGUAGAUAACAGUCCAGAAUUACAGACCACUUCUGGAUGGUUUAGUCUUUCCUCCUCCUCUUUCCACCAGAAAUUAAACAUAGGUUUGGGUCUGCUGCCACAGGGGCAGCUGUUGGCACAUAUCUGUUGUGUCUGAUACACAUGGGGAGUUGAGAGCUAGUGAAAGGCCCUACAUUUCCUGGCAAGGAUGAAGGCUAGACCCUCAGCUGUUCUUUUUCUCUUUCCCCACACCCAGGAGGAACAGGGGCAUGAUCGAGCAGCCGCAGGGCAUGUGUCCUUUGAGGCUAAUUCCUUCUGCCCUGUCCUUUGUCUUACCAGCUCUCAGCACUAGCCAGCCAAGAAUAUUGUCUGGCACUGUAAGGACAGAGCACAUUAUCAUGCUUAUUAUUUCAUUUUUACACAGAGCAAUAACCAAAGCUCUGCUGCAGUUAUUUACGCCUGUACCACUCAGCAGCUGACCCAUGCCUGCCCUCGAUUUGGUAGAGAGGCUUGUUUGUUUGUCUUGUUUAUUUGAUAAAAUAUUACCUGGUUUCCAACACUGAAUUCAGAAAGCAGAAAACAAUAUUUGGGAGUAAGACCGUGCUCUUUCCAAGGAUACUUUCCUGCAAAGCGGGAGCGGAAGCCCACCCUGUACCACCAAAAGGCCUCAGAGCAUCCAGUUCAGGCAUUGCAUGUGGUAUGUCUGAGCAUGGCUGGGACACACCUCUGCCUGACGCUCUGGAGGGCAGCUGUCAGUAAGCACAGAGCAGCCUUCUCCAAUGUGGUAUCCUUCUGGUGUUUUAGACUACAUUUCCCAGCAUCACUUACUGUGGGCCUUGUUGGCUAAGGUUGAUAAGAGCUAUAGUCCAUAAGGUCUGGGGGGCACCGCCCUGGGGAAAAGCUGGUGCACUGAGCUAGCUGGACCAAUUGGCUUGCCUCUGUAUAAGGCAGGGAUGCACAGAAUCCUUUGGGACACCUCCCUGGAUGUGUUGGACCACAGCUCCCAGAAUUCCCAGACUGUUCAGCCAUGCAGGCUGGAAAUAGUGGAAGUGGGGCCCAGCACUUCCAAGACACCAGCUUGGAGAAGGCUGGUUUAAGGGAUGGGCCUUGGCUCACGGGUGGAGCCUGUGCUUUUGGUGCCAAAAGGUCCCAAGUUGCAUCUCCAGGGAGGUCUGAAAAAGACAUCUGCCUGAGAGCUGCCAGAGGCUGCCAGUCAGAGUCAGGCAAUAUUGGGCUUGAGGGGAUACCAAGAUGGCUAGUGGUGUGGCUAGGUACAAGACAGGUGCCUGUUCUCCUAAAGGUGUCUCCAUGCAGACACCAUCCCCCCUUCCCAGCCUGAUUUCUGCUUCUCCAAGGUCUUAAUCAGAAGCGGAGUGGCUAUGGAGAUGAUACACACAGUGGGCAUUGGGCUUAGUUGCGUGGGCAGCUCUGCUUGUGCACAGGGAAUUGCACCCAGCAUUUGCCCCAGGUGGAGAUCUGAGCAUCAGGGCCGAGCUGCAUGCAAAGCGUCCCUUAAGCAAGAGACGAUAAGUUGCCAUUCAGUUUCCUCUUUUCUUUGACAGUGCUUGGGUGCCCUGGCUGUUCCCUCCUUAUAGAAGUAAUUUGAAAGUCCCUGGCCUGUGGGAAUCGGAAUCCCAGCAGGUGGCCAUCAUUAAUGAAAUACUACAGCCAGACAGAUAACGUGAAUUGGCUGGAGGGCUACAAAGAAAGGCAUAAAGCUGGCUUGGAAGCUCAGAGAAUUGUAGCAUCGUUCUCCAGAAGGUUCUUUUCAGAGCACGUGCCGUGUGAUGGCUUCAGUGAUGUUGAAACUCUGGAAUGCCCAAGCCAUUUCUUUGAGGACGAACUGAUGUCAGUCCUUAACAUGGAAGGACGAAAAGCCCUGACGUGGAAAUACUAUGCAAAGAAAAUUCUUUACUACCUGCGGCAACAAAACAUUCUAAAGAAACUGAAGGCAUAUCUCCAACAACCAGCUGAGGAACAAUCUUUUCUGGAAGGGGCUGUCCUGAUUGACCAGUACUGCAACCCGCUGACCGAUAUCAGCCUAGCGGGCGUCCAGGCCCAGAUCGAUGAUAUCGUUGCCAAAGUACGCCAAUUCCUGAAAUCCAAAAAUUCCAGGCAUCCGAGUGUGGCCCCCAAAGCAGGAGAGGCCUUGAUCAUCACUCAGGUGGAUCUGCAAAGGCAGGUUCUGGAAGCCUUGAACUACGUCCUCUAUGAGCAAUUGAAAUACAAAGGCAACGAGGUGGACUACUACAAUUCUCUGAAUUCGUACAUCCGCCAGGUUUUGAUCCACAGGACGGGAAUCCCAAUCAGCUUGUCAGUGCUUUAUCUGACCAUCGCCAGGCAGCUGGGCGUCCAGCUCGAGCCAGUCAACUUCCCCAGCCACUUUCUGCUCCGAUGGUGUCAAGGGACGGAAGGAAGCACAAACAUCUUCGACUACGUUUACAUUGAUGCUUUUGGGAAGGGAAAGCAGCUCACUGUGAAAGAAUGCGAAUACCUGAUUGGACACCACGUGACGGAGGAGUUUUAUGGUGUGGCGACUGCAAAGGAAGUUUUGCAGAGAAUGGUGGGCAACUUACUAAACAUUGGAAAGCGUGAAAGCACAGAUCAGUCGUACCAGCUCCUGAGAGACUCUCUGGAUCUGUACCUGGCCAUGUAUCCAGACAACGUGCAGCAUCUGAUGCUCCAAGCUAGACUGUACUUCCACCUGGGAAUCUGGCCAGAGAAGGUUCUGGACAUCCUGCAGCACAUCCAGGCACUGGACCCCUCCCAGCACGGAGCAGUGGGGUAUUUGGUCCAGCACACGUUAGAGCACAUCGAGCGCCGGAAAGAAGAAGCGGGGCCCGACGUGAAGCUGCGCUCAGAGGAGAAGCAUAAAGACGUCUGCUAUUCUGUCGGCCUAAUUAUGGAGCACAAGAGGUACGGCUAUAACUGCGUGAUCUACGGCUGGGACCCGGCGUGCAUGAUGGGGCACGAGUGGAUUCGCAACAUGAAUGUCCACAGCUUGCCACACGGUCCCCACCAGCCCUUCUACAAUGUGCUGGUGGAAGACGGGUCCUGCCGCUACGCAGCCCAAGAGAACCUGUCGUACAACAUGGAGCCCCAUGAAAUCGCUCACCCAGACAUUGGCCGCUACUUCACCGAGUUUGCUGGCACUCACUACGUAGCCAACACAGAGCUGGAGAUCCGGUACCCUGAAGAUCUGGAGUUCACACGUGCGGCCGUCCGAAAGACGUACGAGAGCAAAGAAUGAGCCGUCGCAGCGGCGCUCUGGAUUGCCUCACGGGAAAGCCGGUGCUCCCCGCCCUGCCCGGAACCAUGUUUUGCUGGAUAACGAGUGGUGAAGCGUUCGUGUUAUGUAACCACGCGAUUAUGCUGUGCCAACGCUGGAGGAUGAAUGGGGCAGGCGUGAUUUUCGAGGGAAGAUGUCCCCUCUCUGAGCUGACCUCAUCGUCUGAAGCACCUAGUCCCUUUUGCCACUCCUGGACUUGAGAAAUCCUCUUUCUUGACUCAAGGAGAUAGAUUUUUCGAUGGCCAGGAGGUUGAAAAUGCUGAUGUUUGGUAGGGGUUGGUAGGGGUUGUCACCGUCGCAAUAUUUUAAAGGUCUGAGCUUUGUACGUGGCGAGUUCAGAUCACCCUGGGUGCAACGUGCUCUGUGUUUCCCAGUGGGAGUUCUUGCCCUGUCGCGAGCUUUCCUACAGCCAGCAGCUCUCGGAGGAGAAAGCUGUCUGUGGCUGCUGGUCCAGGUGGCUCUGUGCUACUUCCAGCAUUAGAAGAAGUAUGACUGUGUAUACCGGUUGCUAGGGAACAUGGCCAGGCAGCUGCUGUUGCACCCGUGUCCUUCCCACAGGCAACUGGUUGGCUGCUGUAUGGUCAGAGCGCUUCACCAGGUGGACUCUCGGUCCGACCAGGCAUGGCUCUUCUGGUGUCCUUAGGAUGGCCGCCCACUUAGCUGCAUAACAUUAGAUGGCUUUUAAGGGGAUUAGGCAAAUGGAUGGGAAAUAAGGCCAUCCAGGGCUACUAGUCCUCAUGGCUGUUUGCAGCCAGGAGGAUCAGAGGAAGUAGACCUGUGACCACCGGUUGCUGGGGAACAUGGAUGGAAAGCUGCUCUUCUUCUGCUCACGUCCUGCUUGUGGGUUUCCCUCAGGCAGCCCUUUGGCCACUGUGUGAACAGAAUGCUGGACUAGACGAACCCUGGGGGUCCAAUAUGGCAGGGCUGCUCUUAUGUUCGUUCAGUGCCAAAACUUUGGGAAUUAAACACACACUUCCUUGCCGAAACAUCCUGAGGGUGUUCUGAGAGGGUGUCUUCCCACUUCUUCAGACAAGCCACUCAGUUGUCACAUGAAAUAGGAUGGUUGUACCGGCUGUCCUUUUCCAUACAGGCUUCUUAGGUCUCAUUCCAGCAUAUACACACACCUUGCCAGUGGCAAGGGCGGCCAGCCGAGGAUGCUGCCUGAGUCUUGGUCAGGCUGGGUGUGCACCUCCUCCCUGUAUUCCUCACCUCAGGUAGCUGCUAGAUUCCCCUGGCAUGAUGUUACCUGUGCAGUGAUGUUCAGCAGCCCUUUCUUAAAAUCCCGUGUUUUCCCUCAUUCCAGCAGGAGGUAAAUGGAAGAAAACCCCAGGAAGUGUAAUGUCUGCAGUUUCUUGUUAUCAGGAACUGUUUGCAAAAUUUGAGUUAGUCGAUUUGUAGUCCAGCUGCCAGAGUAGAAGCUCAGCAUGCAGGGGGAGAUGUCGGAUCAUACCCCUUCGGCUUACAUUGCAAGGGCAGAACAUGUAAUUUUUAAAUUGGCAUUUCUAAGCGGUGCACAGUGAUACGUACCGGAUUAUCUGCUUAGUUGCUCUACAGGUAAGUUGUAAUUACGUUGUGAAGGAUCCAACGAGACACUUUUAUGAUCUUGGUUUUGAAGGUUGCUGUCGGUAGCUAUGAAAUCAUUCUUUUCAAGGCAACUGUUGAUUUGCAUGGUGUAUUUUUGUUGUUCUCAGCAAACACUUUUGCUUGUGAAAUUCGACAUAUCCACUGGGGCAGCUUGAAAGAGCUCCGAGGGAUUGGCCGCCGCAUCAAGUGCCCCGUUUCUGCCGUUCCCAGAAUGUGUUCUGGGAAUCGUGUUGCCAUUCAUGACUCUGGGUACACAUGCACACAGUUUUGCAUAUCAUAAUUUGUAUUCAGGUGUGGCCUGUUAGGGCUGCUAGCCUAAAACAGCUGGCAGUUGCAUAAACAGAAAGACACACUCUUGCAGUUGCAGGCCUUAAAUCCGAUCACUAAAACUUGAGCAUAUCCUGUGGGAGCACAGAGCCUCGUUCAGUCCAAGGGCCGAAUUCAGUUCAGGAGAAGCUCUCUGCUGGGAAGUGGGUGGGUCGAAAGGAGCAGAGGGAGGGGCACGAAACGGUCGUCCCCUCUCAGCUCAAACCUCUUGCAGAAAGUAAGCCAUGGGACCGGCGUUUGCAGCCUUUGACAAUAGGCAACGAGCUCUACAGCCGGGAAAUCACACAACAGUUGGGAUUGGAGGUGGGGCCGGGCCCACCUGGGUAGCCCUGGAAGGUCGGCUUUGGCUCCUAGAAAAGACAGAUUUGAGGUGCGGCUGUGAGGUUCCGCGGCUCGGGGGUACUGGGAGACCAUGCAGUUGCCCCAGGAAAGCAAACCGAGAGGAGCCCGCGAGAUGCCAGUGGUAACCAGAGCAGCGACUGGGGCGGUUAGGGGCGAAACACUGAACACAUGCAGUAAAUCCACUCUGAGCAGGAUCCGAAUUGGGCCCGCCAGCAUCAGAAAGCCGAAAUUCUACGCAGUCCUUGAUCGGCCCUGACUUACCUGCAGGGACCAGACCGUGCAUGCUCUGCGGCCUCCCCCUUUCCGGGCAAGGUUGCUGCUCCUACCUUGCUGAAUAAAGCAGUGCUUCUGCCUCGGGGGUGAGCCUUCAGCCCGGCGUGGGUUGCUUGAGCGCGAACCUGGGCCGCGUGGCCUCGAUCCAAAGCUGCGCCGCUGGCCGCCCCACGCUUGCCUGGUGUUCGCGCCCUCCCCAAAUGUCCUCGGUAUCUUUAUAUGUCUGUAAAGCUCUCAGAACUUGUCCUUCAAAUGAACGGUGCUAUAUAAUAUAUACGUGUGCAUAUUCAAGUAAGACGAUGCUAUUUAAAAAACAAUUUGUACAGCUAAUAUACAAUAUGCAGUUUUGAUCACACGAAGAGCUGUUUUCAAAGUGGGCCACGCGUGAGAGGCUCUCCUUCCCACUCGGCCCCAGCCCUGCCUUUGGCACUUGAUAAUAUCUCUGGAACAAAAUCUUAACCUCAGCAGCUUACAACUGUACAUAUAUAUCUUCUAGACCUUUUGGAGUAAUGCAAUUUAUCCAGGUUCCUGCACUCUAACAUAAAUGUCCGUUUUUCCUUGGGUAUGUGUCUUCAGCUGAAAUGAAUUCCGGGCCUAAAGAAAAGUUAAAUCAGUGGAACUUAAUUUUUCCAUCGUGAUGUGAAAGACCCAUUGAGACUGUGAGUUGCCCAUCUUUAGACCUGGAGCAGUUGCACACUGGUAGCAAAUUAUGAGUAUUAAAAGUUACUGCGGUAGAGCU